UCGUGAUUAGACGUGCCGUAUUAUUGCUACACUGCAAUGCGAAAGUUGUAGUCUCUCGAACGCACUCCACAUAGGGCUUAGCGCUCUUUGGCUAUGAGAUCACGUUACGAGCCACAUUGUUUACGUCGUCGCGUCCAGAACUUCCCUACACCAUCACACAUCCCAGUGAUUUUCACUACAACGCGCUCCGAUCUUUUCGAUAUUGAUAAUUACUUGAUCGCCUCAGUUACGCGACUGCACUCGUACUACUCGCGAUGUCUCAUUCUUGGUUGCAGAAGAAGCGCAAAGGCGAGCUGAUCGAGCUUGCACAGACUGCGAAGCUUCCCGACGUGGAUGGUCUGUUGAAAGACGACCUGGUGCUCGUGCUCGAGGAUCACCUGAAUAACAACGAGACCGCAUACGCCAAGCAUCCUGAUUUCAGAGAUUACUACAGUCGUGGAGGUUCUCCAGUCAAACGUGAGCGCUCAUCGCCAGAGCCUCUUUCUACUGUAAAGUCGACGCGCCGAAGGACGCUUGUCAAUGCGCCUUCCGAGGAAGCGACACCGCCCAUUACUACACGCACGCCUCGUGCCGUUGCUCAAUCUGCUGUUCAAUCUGCUUCCAAAAACAUCGAGUCCGUUUCCCAGAGCAUCACACGGACUACUCGAGACGUAACUCAGAGCUUGUCACAACAGACUCCACGAACCAUACCACGACGUGUAUCCCAGAUUGGCCACGAGGUCGACCUCCCAGCAUCACCAGCUCAAGUUGCAGAGCUCGCCGAACAGCAAUUCCAGGCAGUCAAGGCCAAGACAUCCGAGUGGUGGGAGAGCACACGAGUCGACGAAUUCAAGGAGCUUCUCCGUGAGAAUGUCAGCUCGGUCGCUGCUAUCCAGACACUCAUCUUGCUCAUUGAGGCUGCUGGGCUUCAGUUCAACACCCUUCAGACCACACCUGCCUUUGCUAUCGACGCGGCGAACAGCCAUUACCUGCACAUCCCCGACUUCUGGACACUGUUGACAAGUGAAUGGUGGGCACCAGCUACGCUCUGGUCUUUGACAAGCUGGGUGCUGCCCUUUGUCUUCUCGUAUUUCUUCAACUUGACACUGCGAUCAAAUACCAACCACAAAUCUUCGUACCGUCAGUACCCGGCUGACCCUCUUGUAUUUAACAUUGUCAAGGCUGUCUUGGCGUACAGCGCAUACCGAAUUACUCUCACUGACGUGACAGUGGUGAACAACGUCGAUGCUGGAAUUUCCAAAGCUUUCGACCCUAGCUGGGGUCCCUUCUCAGGUCAGACUGUUGGUGUAGUGCGCGACAAUGUCCCUGGUCGCUACAACGGGCUGCAGAUUGGAGCUAUUGUAGGCAUCCUUGUCAGCCUGUACGACGCCGCGCUCAAGAAAUGAGUGCCUGAUGUACAACUGCUUGAUGGCCGAAGCAUGUUGGAAAUGAGAUGGAUUGAUCUUGAAUUUGCGGCGUUCAGUUGGGCUGCAUCCACCAUCGGGUUGAGGAGGGCAGAAGGCAACGUUUCGGCGAGAGUGGCGCUUAUGUACAGUGACGCACAGUUGUCUCAUCAUUGAUAUUAUCGUCGACUUCUCAUUUUUCGUCAAUGCAACCGCUUUCUGCCG